AUCUUCCCUUUGUCCCGGAACGGGUUGUCCCUACGCACCCGUGCACGCGAUACGAGUUGCGCAACGCGUUUAAGCUCCAAUCCAUAACAAUUGAAGCGAUGCAUAAGCAGUCUCCAGUCGAUAAGCGCCGGAAAUUUGACCCGGAUGCUUCGUUAGUGUUGGUGGGAAUCCGAGGUUGCGGCAAACGGUCUCUGGGGUUUGUCGCUGCAACAGCCCUGAACCGACGAUUUAUCACUGAGGAUCAUUACUUCAAGGAACGCACGGGCUACUCGAGACAUGACUAUCUCAAGCGUUAUGGGAGCCAAGAGUUCCAGAAGCGCGAUAUUGAAGUUCUCAAAUCCAUGCUGGACAACCACCGCUCGCGGUGCGUGAUUGAGUGUGGUCUGGGAAGUCUGACUCGUCCUGUGCAAGAACAUCUCCGUCAAUAUUCGGCCACCAACCCCAUCGUGUACAUAGUCCGCGAUAUGGAUCGCAUACAGAGUCUCUUAGGCUUAGAGGAUCAGGCCGUCAAACUCCUUGGCGAGGGUGACCCUUUGCACCGAACAUGCUCCAAUUUCGAAUUCUACAACAUCGAAGAUCGCUCCAGUCUGGCUGCCCAGACAGAUGAAGGGACUCCGGACCGCCGCUGUGUCGAUUACUCUUUCAAACUGAAAGAGGCUAAAGAAGACUUCACCCGAUUUGUGCGAUUCGUGACCGGUACAGAUGUUGGCCAUACCAGCUAUGACUCGCCUUUUGUCCUCCUCGAGACACCGCCAGAGCUCCGAUCUUAUACCCAUGCUAUUUUUGUGCGAUCUUCUGAUCUGAUUGAAGGCACUGUCAAGGUACCUGAAUUGGAGUCGGGUGGAGAUGCCAUUGAGCUCUGCGUUGACCGCUGGGGUGCGGACAUGGCAGCAACUAUGAGCAAGCAUGUUUCAUUGCUACGACGGAGUGCUCGUACUCCAAUCAUAAUAUCUAUCGAUACUUCUCCCACAGGGCUUGCCCGAGACAACCGUUCUACUUCACAAGUCAACAAUGCAUAUGUUGCCAUAGUGGAGCAUAGCUUGCGGCUGGCAGUCGAGUACCUGGCGCUUGACCUUGAGCAGGAUCGGUCUCAAAUUAGCGAAGUGAUUCGUACCAGGGGAAGGACCAAGAUCAUUGCUCAACGCAUAUUUGAGCCUUCUGCCCCCGAAACAUGGGAGAGUCAAGAAUGUUUUAAUCUUUACCUUGAAGCUGAGAAGCUUGGCUGUCAGCUGGUCCGAUUUCUCCGUGUCGUCACGGCACGGGAGGAGAAUGCGGCGAUUGUGAAGUUCACAAAUAGGGUUCAGGCUCUUCCCGGAGGACAUUUGCCAGUCAUCGCCUAUAAUUUGGGCAGCCUUGGACGGACCUCUCAAGUAUUCAACUCCAUUCUCACUCGUGUAACGCAUCCCGCGAUUGAACGCUCUUCAGAUAACGAACGAGAUCCCCAGAUAACUUCCCGUGAUGCUAUCCAAGCACUGUUUCAAAGUUAUGUGCUCGACCCUCUAAAGUUCUGCAUUCUGGGCGGCAAUGUAGCCUAUAGUCUUUCUCCCGCAAUGCACAACGCCGCUUUUCGACAGUGUGGCAUGAACCACACUUACACAAUAUCCGAGUCUCCAUCUCUUGCAAUCUUGGAUCGGCUAGGCCGGGAUCCGCAUUUUGGAGGGGCGAGUGUGGUUCAGCCCUGGAGAGUACAGUUAUCCCACAAACUUGUGGCCAAAAGCCGCCACGUUGAGGCCAUUGGGGCCAUUAACACGAUCAUGCCAUUACGGGCUAACGCUGAUGGCACCAUGUACUCAUUGCAAGAACAGGCGAGUCGACGUAACCAGGCCGGGCCUGUGGUGGGGUGGUACGGAGAGAAUACGGAUUGGGUAGGUAUUAUGACCUGCAUCAACCGCAAUCUCUCCCCACGCAAUGCAAUUAGCCCGUUGAAAACGACGGGUUUGGUGAUCGGAGCGGGUGGCAUGGCUCGCGCGGCAGUCUAUGCCAUGCUCCGGCUGGGGUGCCGAAAGAUCUUCAUAUACAACCGCACAUUGCCACGGGCCGAGAGUGUGGCCCGACACUUCAAUUCCUGGGCAGCUUCUCAGGUGGAUGCAACAGAAGUGGUGUAUGUGUUGAAAUCACUCAAAGAUGAGUGGCCUACCGAAGCUUGCCCCCCUUGCAUGAUUGCAUCCUGUGUGCCAGCAGACCCUGAUCGGGAUGAGCCGCCCGCCAACUUCGAGAUGCCGAUGCAAUGGUUGGGCAGCCCCACUGGAGGAGUGGUUCUUGAGUUCGCAUAUAAACCACUAGAUACGCCACUACUACGUCAAAUGCGUAGCAUUAGGAGCGAGACGGGACGGCCAUGGGUGUUAGUCGAUGGUCUCGAUAACGUAGUUGAACAAGCGAUUUCGCAAAUUGAACUGAUGACAGGACGGAAGGCACCUCGACGAUUGAUGUUCUCUGAAGCCCUUCGCAAUUAUGUCGGCAUUGACGGGCCUUUUGACGAAAGGACGAUUCAAACUCGACUUGAGCAGGUUCGUUCAUAGGCUGGGGCAUCCCCCUGGUGCGCAGCCUUUGUAACUAGACACAAAUGACUGCGAGAUGCAAGUCGGGAUGGCGAUCACGAUGGAUGUACGGUACCCACAAUUUGCCGGGUGUCAUUGUAGACUGGCUCUCUCUCCUACGUCGCCCAUUUUCCAUUCUCCACAAUGGAUCAGCCACGACUAGCAAUUUUGCC